AUGAAAGUCGCAGAGCUCAAGAGCGUGCUAAAGCGUCACAAUCUGCCGCUGUCGGGUGUUAAGCGAGAUCUUGCGGAGCGGCUUCGGGUGCAUCUAGCCCAACAGCAACAGCAGGAAGCGGAUCAGAAGAUGUCUGAUGUGCAACAGCAGCAGCAGCAAGAGGCGAAAGCGAAGGAGGAGAAAGCACAAGAGAACGAUUCAGGCUCAGACGUGCAAGAGGCGCCGAUUCAGGCGGACGAGACGGCCAAGGGCGAGGCAGCGGCAGGGGAGGAUAGCAAGGCGAGGAAGGGAGAUGGCGAUGCUGAAAACGGUGACGAGGUGACUCCGGUGGUGCUUUUCCAGGAAGAGAAGGAGGGGAAAGAGGGGAAGGACGGAAAAGAAGGGAAAGAGGGGGAAGAGUGUAAGGAGGGUAAAGGAGACGAUGAUAAGGUUAAGCAUGAGGAGAUGGAGCGGCAGGGGAAGGAGGGAGGUCAGCAGGGCGAGGAGGAUAAGCCAACGGGAUCGGAUCGAGGCUCAGAAGAGGUAAGGGCCGCUGAUGCCGCUACUGGUGGAGGUGGUGAGGGGGGCGCGCCGGCUGCUGGUGCUGCUGCUGCGGGUGCUGCUGCUGCCGCUGCUGAUGGUGAUGGUGAUGGGGAUGGUGGAGGUUCUGUUGCUGCUUCUGGUUCGGAGGGCAAGAGGGAGGAAUUUGAAGUGGCCGCAGCGACGACGAAAGGGGACGACCAGGUAAAGUCUGAUGGGCACGCCGCGGGGAUGGCUGAUACGGCUACACCUGCCGCCGCCUCUGCGGAUACAGUCCCUGCUGGCACUGCUGCCACAUCUGACGGCCCUGGGGCGCCGGGAUCUGGGGUAGGUGCAUCUGAGGAGGCCGAAAAUGACAAAGGAACCGUCGGAUCUGAAGCCGAGGGCAAGUCGACGGCGCAGGUGGAGCCGGAAAAGGCGGAGAAAGGCGGCGACGAAGGGGCGCGGGGGGAGGGGAGGAAGGAGGAGGAGGAGCAGAGGGAUGGUAUGGAUGUUGACGGAACGGAAGGGAGGGGGGACGGUGAGAAGGCGGAAGAGGGAGAGAAGGCUGAGCGACCGGCAGAGAAGGAUACUGAGAUGAAGGACGAUGCGAGCAUUGAUGAGAGGAAUGAGGAGAGGAUUGUGAAGAGGGAGGGGAAGAGUGAGGAGAGGAGGGAGGAGAAGAGUGAGGAGAAGAACGAGAAAGAGGAGACGGCGCGCGAGGAAAGGAGGAGUGACGUGGAAGGGAAGGCUCGCGAGAAGGACGAGGAGAUGAGAGACGAAGAGGGCAAGGAGGAGGAGGGGAAAGAGGAGGAGGGACGGGAUUUGAUGAUAGAGGCGGAUACCGAUCUCGUGGGGGAGCUAGAGGCGGAAGCGGAAGAGGCGGAGGCGGAAGCGGGGGCGCUCGCGAAGCAAGGACGUGGGCUUAGGCGCGGGGGUGCCGCGCUGGCGGAAAGGAAAUCGGGGAAAGAGGAGGGCGCGCGGAGAGAGGAAGGCGUCGCGGCGGAGAAGCGUGGGCGGGCAGGGGGUGUCGCGCGCGCGGGGGUGAAUGGGGCGGACGGGAAGAGGGAGCGCGCAGGGGAGGAUGUGGCGGUUGUAGCGCGGAGGAGGGAGGAACGACCUUCAGGCGGGGGUGCAGAGGAGUCCCCCCGUCCCCCCGACGCCAAGCGCCUACGCAGAUGGAGCGCGUCCAAAACAUCCCCACCUGCCCCCGCCACCACUGCUGCCGCCGCCGCGCCUAGCGCGGCCGCCACUCCCGCCCCUGCGUCAGCAGCAGCAGCAGCAGCCGCAGGUGGUGUGGAGGAAGCAGGAAAGGCAGGGGGUGCUGGCGCAGGCAGCAACCGGGCAGUUAGCACUGCUGGUGGAGGGGGAGGGUCAGCUGGAACAGGCUUAUCUGCACCAGCUGUUGCUGCUGCAGCAGAAAAGGCAGGAGACGGGAAAGCGGGUUCUGGGUCAGGUGCUGCUGAUGGUGCAGCGGGUGCGAGGGCUGUGUCAGCGGGAGGUAUGGCUCGCAGCGGCAGUGACGGGAAAGGGGUUGCUGUGGGUGCAGGCACUGCCGCUGCUGCCGCCGCUGCUGCCGGUGCUGCUGCUGGUGGUGGUAACCGUGUGGUGAAGUCGCUCAGUGGACGUGGCAGCGGGCGAUUGGUUGGGGCUGGAGCGAGGGAGGCAGCGCAAGAGAAAGAAGAUGCGCCCCCGCCAGUGGAGCCAGUGACGGAGUCGCUGCGCAUAGACAACUUUGUGCGCCCCUUCACGCAGCAGCAGGUCAAGGACCUGCUCUCAAGCAACGCCCGCUCGCUGCUGCACUACUGGAUGGACGGCAUCCGCACCCACUGCUACGUCACCGUGCGUAUCCUCCCCAAUUCCCCGCCUCCCUGCCUCUCUUCUUUCCAUCCAGUCGCUCUGCCUCCCCCCUUCCUGCAUCGUUUUGUUCUGCACUUCCGUGCUCUGCUUCUAUCCUCCGCCACUCCCCACUUGCCGCCAUUAUUUCACUAUGUUUCUCCAAUCCCAUUCUCCACCCCCUCUGUUCCCUGUUUCCAACCUUAUUCUCUCACCCCAAAACCUCAACUCGCUGCACAGUUUGCAUCAGAAGAAGAGGCAAAGGCAGCGAGGUCGGAGGUGUGGGGAUUGCGCUUCCCGUUGAGGGGAGGCAACCUGCUCACAGCCAGAUUUGUGUCCAAAGAGGAGGUCCUGGCACGGGUUAACGGCCUUCCCAUUCCUCCUCCUCCUGCUGCUGCUGCUGCUGCUGCGGCCGGUGCUGCUGCCAAUUCCGCUGCUCCUGGGGCUGCUGCUGCUGCUGUGGAUGUCAAAGCGGGUGCGGCUAGCGCUGCUGGCGCUGGGAAGGAGAAGCCAGGAGCAAAAGCGGCAGAAGCUCCCCCUGCUGCUGAGACCAAGGCAGCAUCGCCCCCAGCAGCAACAUCUGCGCAAGAUAGGGCUGAAAAGGCAGCAAAAGCAGCCACAGCAGGCACAGCGAGCGCGAGGAUGCAGCAGGAGCACAUACGGUACCCUGUGUUGGUGGUGUCUUCCGUCACGGGCGUCACGGUGCUUGUCUUGUGUGCCUUGUGUGCUCCUCGUAAAUCCCACCGCCACUUUGGCUUCACUGCCAAAGAAUUGACACCGCAAACCCUGGUAACCAGUUUCCGUGUAUUGUCAGCAUCCCGUGACUUGAACCCUGAGCGCGACAUGGAUCCGCUCGACCACGGUUCAGACCCGGCGAUACCGGCAAGAGGGAGCCGACCCGGUAGCCGUGCGGGGAGCCGGCCUGGAAGUCGUCCGGGCAGCCGGCCCGGCAGCUUAAGCGGCAGCCCGCGUCACUCAAGGAGCCGGUCCAGCGCGUCUAUCGGAAGCGAUAGCGUCGGCACGCCUGACGGCUCUCCAACGUCUUCUUCCGCGGGGGCGUCGCAUCGCGCUAAAAUCAGCCCGGAGCGCCGACGAGGCGCAAUUGCGCGCGACACGGGCCAUGCCGUGGCGGGGAGCUCACGGCCCUCGUCGUCCGCGUCUUCGCGCCACGCACGGCUGGACCGACCGCCGCCAUUGGUGCGACCAAUCAACGACCCAGAGGGGCCUGACAUGGAACUGGAUAGCCCCACGUCAGACGACGAAAUCACCGAUGCGGACCUGAUUGCCUAUUCUUCUGGCCCGCGACCGCUGCAGCCAACUACCUCGGGAAUACCGUCGUCCCCGCCUCCUCUUCUCGCCGACCCGCCCAUCGUACCCGGCGGCGAUUACUUCUUCGGCCGGCCCAGCUCCAUCGGUUCAGCAGACGGCGGCUCGGCUUCUGGCGGUGGGGGUCUUAAGUUCCCCCCGUUGAGCGGGCGCGGAGGACGGCCGGGAGCAAACAAGCCAACGCUCGUCAUCCCGCCGGUGAUGAUCGACGGCGUGACGGUCCCGUCGCCCUCGCCGCAAGAAGCCUCGCCCGACCCGGAAGAUAUGGCCCCGUCGCCCGCGCCGCUCUUCCAUUGGCCGUUCGCCACCAACAUGCCGAUCAUCUCGCCGGGUUUCACGCAUCAAUCCGCGCAACAGCAGGCCCCCGGUUCCGCCGGGUUCACUCGCGGUGCGGCAACGCGCGCGGACGCGCUUGCGGCGGCCGCCGCCAUUGUCGCAGGACUCGGGGACGACACGAUCGAAGGCGGGGGACCCAUCGCCGCGCCGCCAACGCUUCCGCGAACGCUGUCGCGACAAAUGUCGCGGGAGCUCUCCCGCGGGCUGUCCCGCAGCGGCGGCGGCGGAGGAGGCGGCGGCGGGAUGGGGGAGAUGGGCGGAGGGCUGCAGCGGCAGCUGUCGCGCGCGCUAUCGACGGAACUCUGGGACAUUCCGCUUUCCACGGUGCCAUCAAUUUUCUUCUCCGCCACUCCCCGCCGCCAAGCGCCCCCGCCGCCCCCGGUCAACAUUGGCGCGACAGUGGCGGCUGACAGCAGCAAGGCGCAAUGGCCGUCGAUCCCGCCUCCUACUCGCACUGCGGAGCCUCCACGUGCUUCUCGCUGCUCUCCUGUAUCUUCUCCUGCCAUGUGCGUGCGCUCUACCUCGUCCCCGCCUCCCUUCCUCCCCCCUUCUAUUCCUUCCUCUCCCUUCCUCUCCCUUCCUUUCCUGUCUACUCCUCCAUUCUUCUGUCUCCUCUACUCUUCUCCCCUCACUUCUGUCUCCCCUUUACCCCCUCUAACCUCCCAUCGCCCCCUCCCUUCUCUGCACUCGCCUGUUGCUUCUCUCUCCUUCUGCCACUUCUUAUUUCCCUCAUCCUCCCCCGUGACUCCCUCCGUUUCCCGCUCUCUCCCUUACGUCCCUCCUGCUUUCCCUAUUCCCCUCUUCCGCCGCUCCCCGUUUCCCAUUUUCCCCCUCCCUGCCCUCCGCCCUUCCCCUUCUUGCGCGCAGCUCUACUCCGCGACCCUGCGCCACAAGGUGCGGGCGAAGUACGCCAUACAGGGCUCCGCGUGCGGGGACUGCUGCGCGCACUGCUUCUGCCACGCCUGCGCGCUCAUGCAAGAGCUUCACGAGCUGCAGGUGCGUGUGCCCCCACCGCGCCCCCCGCGCCCACACCCGCGUGUGGGGAAGCUUGUAUGCCGCCCGCUUGAUGCUUCUCUGCCUACUAGUCAGAUAGACCUCUGA